AUGCCCAGCGGUGGCGGCGCUGCUGCCGCGAGUGGCGGCGCUGGUGGCGGCGCAGGUGGCGAAGGUGGCCGUGGCGGUAGGAGGGGGAGGCGGAAGCCGCAGCAAACGAGCGCAGGUUCGAGGGAGGUGGCGCAGCCGCAGCAGCAGCAGCAGCAGCAGCAGCAGCAGCAGCACGGCCACCACCGCCACCACCACCACCACCAGCACCAGCAAGCAGCGGUGGUGCAGCCGAUUCGAGAGGUGGAUUUAGAGGCGAUCAAAUCCGUCAUCACUGACGUCAGGUUCGACUCGUUCCCGCUGUCGGCGCAGAUGCUCGCGGCGGUGCAGCAGGGUUUUGGGUUCCAGCUCUGCACCAAGGUGCAGGCGGAGACCAUGCUGCCCGUACUCAACGGCAUGGAUCUGCUGGCCAAGGCCAAGACAGGCAGCGGAAAGACCAUUGCCUUUCUCGUGCCCACAAUCGAUAGGCUCCUGCGCGGGCCGCCCUCCCCGCGCUUCUUCCAGGGCGGAACAGCAGUGCGCGUGCUGGUGCUGGUGCCCGCGCGCGAGCUGGCGGCGCAGGUGCAGGCGGAGGCGCAGCAGCUGCUGCAGGGGCAGGGGGGCGUGGGCGUGCAGGUGGUGUUCGGCGGAACGGCCAUGGGGAAAGAGAUCCGCCGCAUGGAGAACUCCCCUUGCCAGCUGCUGAUAGCAACGCCAGGGCGGUUGUUGGACCAUCUGAAGAACACGCAAGGCAUGCAGGAGCGCGUGCAAGACGUGCAGGUGCUGGUACUGGACGAGGCAGACCGCAUGUUGGACAUGGGGUUCGCCAAGGACCUGCAGGCCAUCAUGUCGUAUCUGCCCUCCGCCCGCCAGACGCUGCUCUUCUCCGCCACCAUGCCCACUCAGGUGCAAGCGAUGUCGAAGCAGGUGUUGAGGCGGGAGUUCAAGCACGUGGACGUGGUGGGAGAGGAGGACGCCGAUACCAACAUCCAGGUGAGGCAGGAGCACCUGGUGGUGCCACUGGAGGAGCAGCUCACGACCAUGUACACGCUGCUGCUACAGCACUGCCAGGAACAGCCCGAUUACAAGGUGCUGGUGUUCUCAGUGACAGCCAAAAUGACAGCAUUCUACGCGGCGCUCUUCGCCUCGCUCCUCCCCGGCGCCACCAUCCUCGAGAUCCACUCGCGCAAGUCGCAGGCGCACCGCACGCGCGUGUCGGGGGAGUUUCGAGCGGCCAAGGGGCGGGUCGUGAUGUUCACCAGUGACGUGUCUGCUCGUGGGGUUGACUAUCCGGAUGUUUCCUUGGUGCUGCAGGUGGGUCUGCCCGCGGACCGAGCGCAGUACAUCCAUCGCCUGGGGCGCACGGGCAGGGCGGGCAAGGAGGGGCACGGCGUGCUGCUGCUGUCGCCGUGGGAGAAGCCCUUCCUGCCCAAGCUAGCAGGGCUGCCCAUCACACCGCACAAGCCGCUGGACCCGCUUAGUGCGCAGAACGAGCACAAGCUCAACGAGGCUCUUUCCAGAGUGGAGACAGCAGCCAAGGACCAAGCAUACGUGGCCUUCCUAGGCUACUACAACUCCAACCUCAGGCUGCUCAAGUGGACGCCUCAGAUGCUUGUGGCCACAGGGAACGAGUUUGCAGAACUCAUGCAAUGCCCUGAGCAGCCGGCUAUUGAGCCCAGGUUGCUGGGCAAGAUGGGUUUGAGGAAAGUGGCGGGCAUUCGAGAGGCGGGGCGGGAUCAGAUCAAAGGGUACCAGCAACAGCAGCAGAGGCAGGAGCCGGUCAAGGGCCGAGGGGGGAGGAGGUGGUGA